UAUUUUCAUGCUGACGCUUGACGCUGGUUUCUAGCGUCAAACUCGAUCACGUGAUGAGAAUUUAACAUACGCGCCGUCUAGAAAAAAUGUAGCGAUAAAUUACAGCGUUCAGCGUCAAAUUUGAGCGACAAAUACAUUAUAUAGAAUUUUGACGUAUCGAUGUCACUACUCGACUUUAUAGGUUAACGUAUGUAAUUGUGAGUAAAUAAACCUUAAACUUGCUCGUAAACAAAUCAUGUCUAGUGAAUACGAUUAUCAAAUUUGGAUUUACGAAUGUCAAAAAAUUAUUCGACAAGCGCAAAGUCGACGUAAUAGGGUUAUAAAUACACUUCUAUUGAAUGAUAUAGCUAUUCAUAAAAAAAAAAAAAUAUAAAAUGAAGAGAUUCUGGGUUCAUCCAUUGUAUGAAUUUCGACGAGAACAUGGAUUUUUUGAAGCUGUAUUUCCGACACUUUCUUCAUAUCCUGAAAAAUUUGAAAACUACAUUCGUAUGUCUGCCUCUCAGUUUGACGAAUUACUGUGCUUAGUUGGUCCACAUGUAAUUAAGCAAAACGUCGUGAAAGAACCAAUUUCAGCUACCGCUCGACUUGUCAUGACUCUGAGAUACUUGGCAACAGGUGAUUGUAUAACAUCCAUUUCAUAUCAAUAUCUUGUUGGCAUAGCAACAACAGCAAAUAUCAUUGCUGAAACUUGUCAAGUUAUAUGGAAUUGUCUUCAGCAGAAGGUUUUACCGUACCCUUUAACAACCCGUGAUUGGUUAAAAAUUGCAAAUGAUUUUGAUAAGUGUUGGCAAUUCCCUCAUUGCAUCGGAGCUAUUGAUGGAAAACACAUACAAAUACAGUGCCCCGACAAUUCUGGCUCGUUAUUUUAUAAUUACAAAAAUCAUCACAGUAUUGUACUCCUUGGAAUAUGUGACGCAAAUUAUUUAUUUUUAUUUGUUGAUAUUGGUGCAUUCGGUCGGCGUAGUGAUGGUGGCAUUUUUCGUGACUCUCAAAUGGGUCAAAAAUUUGAAAAACGUAAAAUGAAUGUACCAGAAGCGGAGCUGCUCACCAUUGAUGGUAUGCUUUUACCAUAUGUGCUUGUCGGUGAUGAGGCUUUCCAACUAACAAAUUAUCUACUCCGACCGUACCCUGGUAGAGGUGGCCUUGAUAUAGACAAAAGUAUCUUUAAUUACCGUCUCAGUCGUGCUCGACGAACUAUAGGAAAUUCCUUCGGCUUACUAGUAAGUUUGUGGAGAAUCUUAAAGAAGCCAAUUGAAGCUACAGUGGACAAUACUGUUAAUACAGUCAAAGCGAUUAUUUGUCUUCACAAUUGGCUCCGUAAACAAGAUAAAGAUAACAAUUACAUACAAGAAAAUAUGGUAGAUCGGCAUGGAGAAAAUGGUUUUAUUCCAGGACGCUGGAGGGAUGAAGUUGGAGAGCAUUCCGCACUCCGAGAUGCAAGAAUAUAUGGUAAUCAUUUUAGUUCUCGAGCUGCUGUAACUAUUCGCGAUGAGUUUCGUGAUUAUUUUAAUGCUGAAGGAGCUAUUCCUUGGCAGUAUAAUCGAACUUCACAAUAACUGUCUUCAAUUUUAAUUAUUCUGACAUGAAUGAUUAUAAUAUCAACAUUAAUAAUUAUAAAGGUCAACUGAUAGCCGAAAUUGACACAAUAUAUUUUGUAAAAAUAACAUUAAAGUUAAAAUUAAAUUUGGAUUAAAUCUUCUCUUCAAAUUAUUACUCAC